AUGCAGACUACCGCUGCCUCCUCUCAAGCAUUGCUGGUCACGUACGUUCCGGAAUUCAUCGCUACCGACGUCCUGAAAGUACUCGAGCCUUUUGACACGUUCAUCUCGAAUUUUGCGACUCUUUCGAGCGAUAGUCAGGACAGCGAUUGCCCAAUCUGCUACAACCCGCUCGACCCUGCCGACGGGCAUUCGAUCUUGAUAGGAGGUCAAAGCGCCGCGGACCGUCUCAUCGUCACGCCGCAUGUCUGUCCUCACUCAUACCAUGUGGGCUGUCUUGAGUUGAAUUUCAAGAUGAGCAGGGACUGCCCUUACUGCCGCCGUACGCUUGUUCCACAGCCGACAUACCCAGUAUUCUACGAUCUCAUCCGUGACAUCCGCAUGGGUCUCUACGACAGUAGUCUUCACAUCACGGAGCGCCCUCUCAAAGUUGCAAGCGAUAAUCUCACCGCUGCAAUCGUCCUCGCUGCCUUCGCAUGUUUCACUCUGCGGGGCGAGCAAGAGGUUUGGAUGGUCCGCAAUUCCUCGUACCCUUUCGUCGUGGCUGGAACUGAGGCGGGUCGUGCGAUGGUGGCCCAGCUUCUCGAGGCGGCUCGCAAGCUCGACGGUCGACGUCGAACCAUCGAGUAUCUCCGUGAAUACCUUCUCGGUGAGGCUGUCUACGAGACCUCGCUUAGCAGGAGUGUUACUCCGGAUAUGGAGUGCUUUGCAGCAGUUGUUUCCAAGUUUUCCGUGCACGUCUUCGCUACGAUCGCUGCCCAAGAGCAAGGCCUCAUGGACCAAGAUUAG